AUGGCGUCCGCGUCGCCUCGCCAACGUCUCACACCUCAGACUUUGGCCACUAUGUUUCAUCUCCUCCUGUCAGGUGGCGUUGUUCCUAUUUCCUGCUAUAAAGUCAGCGAAGGUGCCGUGGCGUCGCUCUCAUGUCAGUACUCAGUGCGGCGUUUCGGCUUGAGUCGCGUGUGUUGGGGCCGCAGCUGCGGGACCCUCUGGUGCAGCAACAUCCUCAUCCAGACCGAUGAAAAUGGCGUCAUCUCCAAGGUGGAGGACCGCUACCGGCUGACGGGAGACAUCCUGGACGGACAGAUGGACCUGGACAUUUUGGACGUGAGGCGCAGCGACAGCGGGCCGUAUUGCUGUAGGGUGGACAUCGACGGGCUGUUCAAUGACAAGAAAGUGAUCAUGAACCUGCGGGUGGUCAAAGCUUCGAUCAACAUUCCUACAACUACGUUGGCAACAACGACCACAACACAAGUAACAGAGGCGUCGACUUCAGGAGUUACUAGGCAAAUGCUGCAGCCGCCUCAGCUUGACCUUGUCAAGAGGAACUCGACAAUGCUGCGCUCCACCAUCAUCACUGUGGUGAACCAGGCUCCAGCUUCACUCUCCCUUCACAUCAACAUUCCGGUGCUGUCGCUCUCACUCACAGUGCUGAUAACACUGGCUGCAGUUUUCUUCUCUCUGGCCUUCAAGCGUGGGUUACGCAGACCAACUUUAAGGCGUGGCUGUUUUUCCAGUGAGGAAGUUCCUCACAUCAUUUAUGAGAUCAGGAUGAGAAGACCAGUUCAGGAGAAUAUCUACACUCUUGACUAG